UUGGCAAAUCCCACUGGAUUACCAGUUGAACCUUAAAAUCGCAACAAUGAAGUGCUUACUAGUCGCUACCACCCUGUUGAUCGCGUCCGUCACGGCGUUCCCACAGUCCACCUCCGGCAGUUUCUACGACUACAUGUGCGCCGGAGUGCUGACCGGCGUGCGCCAACAUCCGGACAACUGCUUCCAGUACAUCAAGUGUGACCACUUCCGGGCCGAGGUCGAGUCCUGCCCGCAGAGCCACAUCUUCUCCAAGGAGAGCAUCGUUUGUGUGGUCGGGAAUCCGGCGACCUGCCAGGAGGGAGCCGUUGUCGAGUCGGAGGUGGAACCGGAAGUGAGCUGCGCCGAGGGCUACCUGGGCCGGAUGGCCUGCCCUGGGGAGUGUGACAAGUACUACGACUGUGCCGCGGGAAGUGCCCAGCUUGAGGUUUGCCUCGAGGGUUACGUGUACUCGGAACGGUUCCGGACGUGCCUGCCCGGGUACCAGGAUCUGGACGGAAGUUGCAAGCUGUACAGUGGGCUGUGAAUCUGGGGCUAGGACUUUGAUAAGUUUAUGCUAAGUUAAAGUUUGUCAAUCACAAAACACAUAGUAACAUAGUGGUAACAUAGUGUAACGAAUUAGUUUAAAUACAAACGCCUAAAUGUAGACAA